UGGACUGCUGUCGAGUUGUGUAGCCGCCAACACCUGAAUCCCGGCACUGCACACCCUGAGCUGCUGUCGCCCGAGGGACACUCUUUGGGGUUCAAGCCCAACGCUCCGCUGGGCUCCCUGGACGUGGCCUGUGUCCUCAUCAAGGAGAAGGUCUGGGAGGACAGAGUGGUGCGCAGACCGGCGCCCAAAGUGCCAGAGAAAACUGUGCGUUUGAUGGUGAACUACCACGGCAGCCAGAAGGCAGUGGUACGAGUCAACCCGUUUGUACCACUACAGGCUCUGGUGCCAGUCAUCUGUGACAAGUGCGAGUUCGAGCCUGCACACGUGCUUCUCCUGAAGGACGGCAUCAGUCACCACGAGCUGCCGCUGGACAGAUCUCUGACCGAGCUGGGGAUCAAGGAGCUCUACGUACACAAUCAGAGUCUAGUUUUCCAGCAUAAAAGGGCUUCCGCUCCAACUCUUAACUACUCAGACUCCAUCAGCUCCAGUACUAAUAGUUUGAACAGAGCAGAGAAGAAAGGUCUCUUGGGUAUCUUUCAAUUCAGCAGAAGAAAAAACAGGACUGACACAACAUCUAUGGACACGGAUGAGUGUGAUGAUAAAGUUAUCCAAGUAACAGCCCCUCAAUCUAAUGGUCUGUCCACCGCGUCAGGGGUCCUCAGCGUAGAAGAUCGACCGAGCACCUUGGGCCAGUCUCAGUCCGUCAUGAACAUAUCGAGGAUGUCUCCCAAGGCUGAGACCAAGAAGAGGAGGGCCCCAGCACUACCCGCAGCCACAACAGCCACCACGGGACACGGUAGCUUUGGGGGCUACGAGAUGGGCCUCGGCUCAGAAAGCCAGCAGAGGAAGAGGAAGGCCCCAGCCCCUCCUCCCACCCCGGCUUCGAUCUCCCCAGGCGCCGACGGCACCUCAACCUCUGCCGUUUCCUCCCCUGUCAGCCCCGCUACCGAGACACCCAGCCCGGCCUUCUCUCAAUCGAACGCCGCCUCCGCCACCGCCGUGAAAAUAGCGAAACCGGUGAACCCUCCACCCGUGUGCUCUGCCAGCCCGACCCCCGGUUCCCCGACACCGAGCGGCAGCAGCGGCACCACCGACAGCCCGGCUGUGCAGGACUCCAGCUCCGAACUCAGCCACAGCCUCGACGACUCCGACCCGGACCAGGCCGCUUCGUACUGCAGCUCCCUCACCAGCAGCACGGCCAGCGGGUCCGUGCGGCUCCAGCCCGCUGUGAAAAGCUCCGGCCGAAGGGCGGAGGCGGAGGCAUCGGAAAAGGCCAAGUCGAGCCGAGAAGCGACCUCAGCGAGCAGCUCCAGGUCGGAGAGCGAGACGGCCCUAAACGUGAAACUGGACGACGUUGAGAACAACCGGCACAGCGCGAUGGGAGCCACUGAUCAACCGGCGCCACCCAAACCUCGUCGCACCGCGGCGCGGGAUCCUCCCCAUCUUGUCCUACCCCCUACUCUCCCCUCCCCUUCCAUUGCGCCCACAGAAAGCAACAGUCCCGAGGAGGCCGGGGAAGCAGGCCCCCAGUCUUGGCUACACUCCAUGCACGGCUCCGCAGCCAGUUUCCAGAAACCAGAAACCGAAACCCCCGAGGAGGAGACCGUGUCAUUGGGCAGCGGGGGCAGCAGCCUGCCCGACCAGGGCUAUGCUGCCUCCGAGGGCAUGGCGGAGGGGGAGGACUCGGGCAUCGUCAGCUGUCCGUCUGAAACCCAGCCCACAUCGCCAGACGGGAGUUUGUCUCAGGGUGGAAGGAGCGCAGGAGGAGGCAGACUGUCGGGCCCAAUGCGGGACAAUUCCAGUGACAGCGAUGAGGGAUGUGCCACCUGGGAAUCAAGGCACAGACACAAUAACAUUAGCCCACAGGCAAAGUCGGGCAGGUUGAAAGGCCACUAUGAAGACGACCCAGAGCUCACAGCACAGCUUCAUCAGACUUUAGCGGAUUUCGAAGCGGACCUUGCAGACCACAUAGAUAUCGCAUCAUCAAAGAAUACCCCCUAUACCUUGUCAACCGAUAGUAAUGAGGUGCCAGUGUCUGUAGUGGACAUGGAUGUCCCAGUCACAGCCAUAGAUGAAGUAUUGGAGGACUUUGAACGUCACGACACAACAUCGCUAACCCAGAUUCAGCCAGCUAGCAGAAACGGUCCAGGCCAGUCCAGUGUGAAGACACAGAACCAAAACAACAAUGCAUGUACAGCUGCUGAUCGUAAUAAAAGUAGCAGUGCAAAUAAUAAGCAGCCGUCUCGACCCAAACAGCAAAGGACGCCACUGGAGGAUAAGUCUAAAGCUGACAAAAAGGAAAAAAAGAUGCCGGGGACAAAAAUGAAGGAGAUGAUUACCACUGAUAGCAGCAGUGUGAAAGAGCAAAGAGCCACAUCGGCCGUUGACCCACGGAAACUCAGCAGGGACGCCGAAGUCAAACGUGAUCUUGUGAAAGGUAACGCUCAAUCUUUGCAAGAGAAGAAAUCUGUUGUCCCGCCAACCAGUCAGAGACCAUUUUCGCCGGGGGCGACCGAAGAGACGCACAGUGUUCACCCAAAUAACUCCAGCCCAACGGGUAAGAUCACUCGUAACGUCCCAUCGCGCUUUGGUAUGAAAACUUUCACUGUGGUGCCACUCAAACCCGCCGUGGUGCACGCCGCCACGGGACAGCCAGCCGACAAGCUAACCAUCGGCGCCAUUAAGAUCGACGAUCAAGGGAACAUGGUGAAAGGGGCUGUCUCGCGGAACAAAGUUGGCGGUUCGUCAGAGUCGUCAAUUAAUUCCAGCGAGGGGUCUCCUCUCCUUGGAAAAGCCAAAGCUUUCUGGAGUUCGAGUGAGAGACAGGAAAACCAUUUGCCCCGGUGCAGCAGCACAGACGGCCUGAAAGGGCCUUCACCUGCGAUCUCAGUUGCAACUUUGAAAGCAAGUAACGCUGAGGAUCAGAAAAUAACGCAGAAUUCAUUCUAUAAACAGGCAGAGAAAAUCCAGAUGGUCAAAGAAGAAGCCAAAGAGCCUGUGAGAGCCGUCAAAGUCACAAAAGAGGAAAGGGUAGAGGCGGAAAGCAAGAUCACAGUGUCCAAAAGUGUACAAGAGCCAAGUAAUAAACCUGCCCUUCCCCCUACUGUCCUUCCAGACCCGAAGAAAGACCUGUCCUUUCUCAAACCAUCCAGGCAAACCUCAAGCCAAUAUGUGGCAUCUGCCAUCAAUAAAUACACCCCAAAGCACCACAUGCGGCCCUCAGCUAAACCCAGCCAUGUCCCUAAUGUUCAAGCCUCCUCUGCUUCUUUGAGACUACAGACCUUUGAUUUCCAGAGAUCAGGCCCGUCCAUUAAAGUAAAUCCACACCAAUCCUCCCAGUCGUCUUUGUCAGAUAAUGACUUAGCUUCUAAAUCCAACCCGCCGGACCCUAAAAGGUCUGUGAGCUACCCAAAGUAUGGUUCAGACAGCCCGAGGGAUUUAGGAGAAGUGAGAUCGGACACGGGGAGAUUUGGAAGUGGUACUGGAUCCACCAAAGGAAGCUCUAAUACGCUGGAAACAGAAACCGCUUUGAAUAAGCACAUUCAGUCUGGAGGCCCCACCCAAAGAAACACGUUUGCCAGUAAUGACAGCAAUGGUUUUAAACAAAUUCGGCUCAGAAGCUCCAGCCCUGCACAAAGCAGUACUCUACACUCAUCUCCUAAACCCCCCACAGUGCUCCAGACUGUAUCCCAAGGCCUGGCAAGUAACAAGAAGGACGUGACCUCGGCGGCCGGCCAUCUGACCCCUGAUGCGGAAACACAGCCUUCUGUCACAGUGUCAGAAAAAGCAGUGACCCCUGGGCCUCUGCCGCCUACGUUGUUUGGGCCAGUUCAAAAGUUCAGACCAGUGAUUUCUAGAUCUGUUGACAAAGACACGAAUCUCCACAGCAGCCUGAUGGAGGCGAUCCAGACAGGCGGAGGCAGAGACAGGCUCAAGACGAUAACCAGCACAGGUCUCAGCAGCAUGAAGAAAGCCUCUUAUGUGGAGGAGGAGAAUGAGAGAUCUGCUCUUCUGGCUGCCAUUAGAGCCCAGAGCAGCUCCGGAAGGCUGAGGAAGACCAAAUCUGUGGUGGCUAAUGAGCUGGAGGAGGAGAGAGGUGCAAUCCCCCCUCCUCCCCCUCCCUCUUUCACUGGGACCGUUGUUCCCCUCCCACCACCGCCACCACUACCCAUUAUUGCACCUCCACCUCCUCCCCCUGUCUUGCCCCUGGCGAAGUCCAGCACGGUGGGGCAUCGAGGCGCUACCAGCCCCACGGACGCUGCCUUGGCCAGGGAUGCUAUGCUGGAGGCCAUUCGCUCUGGAUCAGCCGCUGAGAGGCUAAAAAAGGUGCCUGCACCCAAGAAGACACUCCAAGUGCGCGGCAGGCUGGGAAGAAUCCAAGCAUCCUCCUCUACGCUCCCUCUGCAGAAGCAAGGGAGGCCCACAUGACGGCAACAGGGAGAACAUUUACAAUUGUGAUCAAUGAACAAUGACCAAUUGAACGUUUUGGGGAGGUUUAUAUUUAAUGAGGAAUGACAGGAAUGACAAAUAAUAAUUUUUACAUGCCGUCCAGGUAAACUCGAUUAUUCAAACGGAGCGCAAUGCUUGAACUGAUGCACUAAUGCGCAAAGAAUUAACACACUUCUACUUGUACAUCUGAUGAAGGAUACAGGUCAAUGGUUUGCAGGUAAUUUUAUUCACAUUAUCUGAGCUGUUUAACAAUAGCACUGUUUCUAAAUUGUGCCAUCUGUAUUGGAAUUCAGUCGUUUUUACUGGAACACAAACCGUGUGCCAAUGAAAGCACAUUAAAAUGGUUUAUACUAUUUACCUAUCUUUUGUUUUCUUUUUUUUUGUUCCGAUCUGUGGUUUUUGUACUUACCAUAGUUAAGUUAUGGUUGCCUUAAACUGUCACUGUCAGUGUUAUGUAUAUUAUGUUUGCUGUAAAGAAUUAUAUAGCGGGUGCAAUAAGUUGAAUCUGAUCAUUUUUCCAGAUAUAACUGAUUUAUAUUUGUUUAAGAUAUUAGGAUAACACUUAAAUAGAUUUUUUUGAUUUCAUUGUGUAAAAGUGUAUUUGAUCCAGAUCUGGUCCAUGAUGCCAACCUCUCCAGUUCUCGGCCCUGAGGAGGAGUAAGAUGGUGGUGACUUGUGUCUUUAAGCUCAUUAGACUCCUGUUCUAGAUUCUAACCUUUUUGCUGCUGUUUAAAAUCAAAAUAAAUACUCACACAUGGUCAUACAAUGUAUACUUGUACAGUAGCAAUAUGACUGACCGUGCCCUCUGAUCUAACUUGGUGUGUUAUUAAGAAAUGAAGAUGAACACUGCCUUUGAUUGACAUUUGAGCAUUUUCAAAGCUAUUCUAUUAACGUUUGUCAUUGGUGGAUGUCAAAGACAAAAGGCACCAGUUUCACUAAUCUACAAGUCUCUACUAGUAUGUGAUGCUCGUAAAACAAUCAGCAGCUAGGAAAGCAGUAGUUAAGUUUAUCCGCGUCUUUGAUUUGGGCAAAUGUUUUUGUGCUCCAUUGCUGCAGUUGAAGGUUCAGGUGUAAAUGCUUGCUGCUGUCGAGUGCAAGAUACAUCUGAGAAAAGGGAGUUGGUGUCUUAGUUUCAUAGAGAUGAACCUUAAUUCAUUCUUUGUUUCAAAGCUCAAAAAUAGUUUUGCUAUUUCUUGUUUUUAACAUGAUAAUGAGAGUAAACAAAUAAUGAGCUCUUCUGGGGUUUUUUCACCGACUAUUUAAUCUCUGCUUGAUGGUUUCAUCUUAACGCAAUAGCCUACAGCACGUUGUAGCACUGUAAAUUUGGUACACAAAAGAAAGAUUGUUGCUGUUAAAGAUUUAUUUAAAUCUUUGGUAGAGAGACAUUUAACUGAUGGGGGUGAACCUUUUAUAAGCUAUUGUUUUUUAUGUGCACAUUGUUGCACAUUUUGUCUACCCCAAUUUUUUGAUUCAAUAAACAAUUUUGCAAUCAAGUGAAAA